GAAAGUUGAGGCUGACCAGAGAAGGGUAUCUAUUAGGGGGUUUUCUAAAAGAGGGUAGAGGCAAGCUAUUGUUUAAUACAGUAGCCCUAUAUCAAUAAAACACAUUUACGAAGGAAAUAAAGAAAGUAUGAACUCCAUUGUAGAAGUUGUAGCUUUUCUUCUUGGUUUUUUGGGGUGGGUUAUGGUUGGCGUUGCUUUACCGAAUCGUUACUGGAAGGUGUCCACAGUGGAUGGGAAUGUUAUAACUACUUCAACAAUCUACGAGAAUUUGUGGAUGUCUUGCGCUACCGAUUCAACGGGUGUUCAUAAUUGCCGUGACUUUCCAUCACUCCUUGCUCUUUCUGGGUAUAUUCAGGCGUCUCGCGCUUUGAUGAUUGCAGCUAUAGUGAUGGGGAGUUUCGGGAUCGUUGCGACUCUUGUGGGAAUGCAGUGCUCUAAGGCUGGAGGAGAAAAUUACGUGUUGAAAGGCAGAAUUGCGGGAGUGGGAGGCAUAUGCUUCCUUCUCCAAGGUCUGUGCACUAUGAUUGCUGUGUCUUGGUACGCAUUCAACAUCACCCAGGAAUUCUUUGAUCCAUUCUAUCCAGGGACGAAGUAUGAAAUUGGUGAAGGCCUGUAUAUUGGCUGGUGCUCAGCCACUCUGGCCAUCUGUGGGGGAUGUUGUCUGAUGUGUGCCUGCAAAGUCGGAAUGACUGAGAAAGUGCCUUACCCCUUGCCUUACCAGGCCUCCAGAGGCACGGUGUAUUCAGGAAUUGCCCCAUCACAAGUGGCUCCCAGCCAAUAUGGCAGGAAUGCAUAUGUCUGAUGUGGAAGAGGCGGAACUUCAAGCAUAAAGGGUCAAACCCAACUCCUCAUCAUCAGAACAAAAGCAGACUGAUCAGCAAACACCAAAGAGCUAUCCUGGAAACUGGCCAGCCCAGACUCCAUGAUGAGAAUACUUCCAUCCCACUUGAAAUUGUCACACUGUUGAUAAACAAGUAAUAAGCAUUUGACAUAUGCAGUCUAGUAUGUUUCAAAUGUCUAGCUUGAGGAUAUUGUGUAUGUAUGACUAAAGUAUUUGUUUUUUUAAAUGUCAUAAAACAUUUAGAUGAAAAACAAGUCCCUCAAAAUAAAUCCAGUAAAUAGAAAUGAGGACCCUGGCCCUCUUUGGGCGAGAAGUCUUAGUUUUAAAAGAAGACAAUGAUGCUUGAAAGGUCUUGACUUUUAUAUUGGUUUAUAAUGCAUCAGCAAAGUGAGGUUAGAUGUAUAUAGAAAUGAACAGUAUAAUAUAGGUGGCUGAAGCUCUUAAAAUAAAAAUUUUAAUGAUCGGACACUUACCUAACAUUCUCAAAAUACUGCCUUAACAGCAGCUCCCCACAGCAAUACAUGACAGCCUGGAUUCACCAUAAUGGUUAACAAUACCAUUAUGGUUCAAGGAGAGAUUUCAGGGAUGUUAAAAAUGUCUGUUAGAUUAUUGUUUUAUAUUUGAUGUUCAAACUCAUAUUUAAACAUUAUGCUGCCCUCAAUAUAUUAUGAAGGAAGGUACCGUACUUUGAUUUUGAAAUUGCCUGGAGAUCAAUUAAUUUGACAUUUACAUAAAAUGUUUAUUGCACAUCAUUUUUUAUCUCAAUGAAAUCUUGUUUUUAAUAUAUGUAUAUUUCUGUAAUUUCUGUUAUUCAAUGCACACAUCUCUAGUAUCUAGACAAUGAAGAUGAAGGUCAAAAAACUCACUCAAACUGUAAAGAUUUUUAAAUAUUUAAAAUUGAUAUUUGUAUUUUUUUCUUUUUAUACAUGUUUAUAUGGAUCUGAAAUAAAUAUGUUUAUUAAACAACA